CGGCCAGAGGAAACUGUCCAGCGGUUCAUGUUUAUGAUCGGACACCAUUCAGUAAGCGCGUACUCCAGCCGCCCGUGUUUCUGUUUGACCUUUCAUUGAUAAUAAAGCAUGGAGCCGUCCUGUAGAAACAGGAUUCUCCGACGCUGCCACAAUAGCACCAGCUGUGCGGGGGGGCAGACCCCGCUCGUGAUACAGAUUCAGCUGGCGGUGGCAACACUAGUGAUGCGGUGUCGGGUCUUCUUUACGCCCCGCAGCCCUAGCAGUAUCUGGGUAAAAAAGGAAGGUCAGCUGAAGGAUCAACUAGCUGUUACUCUGCAGAUCACAUUGGCUGAACUUCAGCUCCCGCAGCUAUACUGUAAAUAUUCUUAUUUGGUCAAGGGAUUCUCAGCAGCUUCAACCACAGUCAAAGUCGAAGUUAGCAAUCUUUGUUGGAUUGCCCGUGUUACAAUAUUUAGAAUAACAUAUCGCCUUCGUCCCGUCUCAAAGCCAAUGCUUGACGGUCUUCAAUUAGCCCACCCUGUUGCAUUAGCCUUGGUUGAUCGGCCAACACCAUGCAUUCUCCGUCACCUGUGGCUCGUCAAUUACUCUCUACAAACCCUUGUGAUAGGACCAAGUCUAACGCUUGACAUCCCUGUUAAGACCGGUUGAGGAGCAGCCCCGCUGCAAAUAGGAAGUCUCACCUCUCUUAGCAUCAUGUGCAAAGCCAGCGUGCGGGGUUCCUUCAAGGGCGGCAGACCCAGUAAACUGCUUGAGGGGAAAGUUAUUUAUUGUCCAACCCAAGAAGACUUAUUCCCUCCUCUUGUAUAUCACUUUCCUGUGUGCGUUCGGACAUUAUAUAUGUUCUGGCUACUAGUACUAUCUUACACAAUGUCCACUGGUCGUGGAGAAGGUACGAGACUAGUUGUCGCGUCCGUCAUACUCUGGACCCUGAGUACGAUUGCCGUACUACUGCGAGUGAUUUCAAUUCGAGUUCGCAAGACCGGCUGGAAGAACCAUGAUCAUUUGACCGCCUUGGCGCUGGUAUGCUGCCUCCUCCUUCCCUGUGCCUCAAAAAUGCGGCUUCUACCUCACCAAAAUA